GAUGCCCUGGUUUCCCGGAAUUUCCAACAGAUCAAGCUUCCUGGUUUUAACGGUUUAGCUGGACAGACACCCACAGGUCUGGUUCAAAUUGAGGUGAUCCUAACGAAAGCUCAGCUACCACCAAGUAAUCCUGAAGCCCGGGUCCUAAAUCACGGCGUGGCGCUGACACUGCAGUACAGUACAGAUGGACAGUCACCGAGACCACUCCCUCUUCCCCGAAAGAACGCGCGUUAAAACGCCAGCAGACCACCACGGAGACCUAAUGCUGCGCCUACGCAAUGAGAUCGGAAGUCACAAUUACCGCGUGAUCAAACACGCCUUGUUGGCUAGCCAGAAACUAACCGAGGUCCAGGCUGAGAAGGCGGGCGAUGAUUUCUCAGCUCUGUGGAACACGUUAUCAAGCAAUGGCGUUAUUUCCAUCGGGUUGUAUACCACGCUUAAGGAAAUCCUGUCCGGGAUGAACCUGCAUUCCCUGGUGCAGAUGAUUGAACAAGUCGAGCAGACGAUACAGGAAUGGAUGGUGAAUGAACCGAUUCAGGCAUCCAUCAUGUCAGUCGAGCAGGGAGGCCAUCUGAGUAAUAAAAAUAUGUUAAGCUUCAACUGGACAAGUUUCCCGGCAACAUCACGGAACACUGGCGCCGCGAAAUCAGUCGACGAACUUGAUGCACAUUUUCAUGCCUUGAGAUUAGAACCACCGAAAUUAGGUAACUUGUGUUCGCACUGUGCAGCAGACGGCACAUAUUCCUGGGCUGUGAGUUCUUGCGAGGAUUGUGACAACUUCCUUUGCCGGGCUUGCGCGGACCAUCACCGGGCCAAGCGACACAACCUUCAGCUGAUUGCCACCAGCGCUUUAGACCCAGAGGCUAAAGAACUGUUGUGUGUGGAGGAAGUGGAACAUGGGAGGUUGGAUUCAUUUUGCCAAGAUUGCGAAGUCCUGUUCUGUACGAAGUGCUGCCUGAAGAUUCAUGAUGGACACCGGUGUUGCACCUUCCAUGACGCCGUGGCUGCGAUUUCCAAAGAAAUCUUAGAAGCUCAUAAAACUGGUGACAAGGUUUUAGCCAAGUUGAGUUCGAGGAAACGGGAGGCCGAGUCCAUGCAGGAGACUCGGCGCGUGAAGGCGGAGGCACUGAAGCAAGAAAUUGAGCAGACGGCAGCAAUGCUUCUCCAAAACAUAAAAGAAAAGAGGAAUCAGUUGCUCCAAGAGGUGAAGACAUAUGUACGAAACGAAGAGUUGGCCGAUGUUGUUUGUGCAAAUCAAGGGGCAACACGGCGGCUUGCGACGUCGAUGCAGCUCUGCGGACAGCUGCUGUCAACUUCCGUCACGUCACCGGAAAAGGUAAAGGUUCUGAAGAACACUCUCGAACAGGUGAAGAAGGCAUGUAAUGUCACUGACGAAGCACGAUGCAUUAAAGUCAAAGAGGUAUUCCCCAGGUUUGUUGACUGUGCAAAACAUAUGAAAGAAAUCGGCCUGGGUUUCUUAAAGCCUUUCUCAAGGGCCGUGAAGGCGGAGGAUUUUAACGUCACCAUCUCGCCAUCCUGUUUUCUUUACAGCGUUGUUAUUCUUUCUGAAGGAAGUUGUGCGGCUCUUGGCACCGGCACGCCGGACACCACUGCAAAGAGGGCACUGUUCUUUUACUCCAGCAAGAACGGGUGCAGUCAACGCGUUAUCAAAGCAGGCGUCGGACUUGCCGUGGAUAUGAUAUUUCGCAAUGGAGAGCUGGUAGUCCUUCGGAAGGAAAAGCCGUACGUUAAGAUCGUUACGCCUGAUGGUUGCGGCAAGUCCUACGAUAUAGAUGGCGACUUAGUCAAUCCUUGGUCCAUUGGUAUUGACAUAGUGGGUCGGAUUAUUAUAACUCAUGGAACAGUGUGUGAGAAGUUAGCACUUGUGUCCCAAGGAAAUCAAAAGAGGCUGCCACGCUCGUCACCUGCUCGAGACGCCCCGCGAGGAUCAGAAAUGAAAAGGCCGUUGUCUGGGGGUUCCUCGGAUGGUUCUGUUGAUCGUGUAGUGGAACAACACCCUAAUUCGAUCCCAGUUCCAACAGGCGCAGUUAUGAACCCCGAUGCGGGAUUUUGUCUCGGUCCGGGACGGCUCAGUUGUGAGAAGGAAAUAUACUGCGCCUUUGACAGCGAGAUCCACCGCUACACCGUGAAUGGCAGGGAGAUCAUCCAGACGAGGUCAGGGGAACACGAUAUCAAAGAUUUCACAAUCCACGGGGUGAAGGCCUGCGGGGAGGUGUUCGUGAUAGGGGAGUGGUGGGAGGAGGUCCGGGUUUAUGAGGUACUGGAGCCCUCUGACGGCGGCGAAGGGUGGGAUCUGAAAAGGAUCCCUUUGUGUGACCAAAACGGAAACGGAGUAGAGCUGGCUGGAAGGAGUGGUAUAUGUUUUGAUAUAAAGGAUAACAUUAUGCUGAUUGGCUUCACUGACGCAGAUGAUCGUGGACACUUGGCCAUGUUCAGAUUGGGACCAGUCUGAAUUGCUUCUUCUAAGCCCGUCAACGCCAGUCUUACCGCUAUCGUUGCCAAGGACAGGUUCAAGAAACGUGAUUGUUUCUUUGCCGUCAGAAUGGCCAUCAAUGGAUCCAGCUACACCAAUUUUAAAAUUAUAUGAGAGUUUUACUCAGUGCUGGGAUUUCAUUUACAUGUAAUAUAUAUGCGUGCUUGUGUGACAAUACUUCAACAUAACAAUAAAUCUUCUCAUGGGAGACAAUAAAA